UUUCUUUCUCCCCAAGUUGGUCUCCUUUUCACUGUUAAUGCUUAUCUUCUCGUAACUCUUUUGUCUUUCGUAUUCGUUCUCACUGUCAUUCCAGUGCACUUGGUCACCACCUUUCUUUUUUUUCUCUCAGUUAAUACAACUUCCAAAGCAAGGGUUUCUCCCAGUUCCUUUUAUGCUCUUCUGGGGAUUUGGUUUGAACUAAGAAAAGAGAGAGAAAUGGCAGGACAAGGUGGAGGAGGAGGUGGUGGUGGAGGAGCUGCACCAAAACCAAAGCAAGACGAGUUACUGCCCCAUCCAGUGAAGGAGCAGCUGCCUGGCGUUGCUUAUUGCAUGACUAGUCCUCCUCCUUGGCCUGAGGCUCUAUUAUUGGGUUUUCAACAUUACUUGGUGAUGCUUGGGACAACUGUUCUCAUACCAACCUCUCUAGUUCCCCAGAUGGGAGGUGGAAAUGAAGAGAAAGCAAAGAUGAUUCAGACAUUGCUAUUUGUGGCUGGGGUGAACACAUUGUUCCAAACAUUGUUCGGUACCCGUCUACCGGCUGUGGUUGGAGGUUCCUAUACCUAUUUGCCGACCACCAUUUCGAUCAUCUUGGCAGGUCGCUAUACUGACAUUGUGAAUCCUCAGGAGAAAUUCGAGAGGAUCAUGCGCGGAAUCCAGGGAGCCCUUAUUGUUGCCUCCACCCUUCAGAUCGUACUCGGAUUUAGUGGCCUUUGGCGUAAUCUUGCAAGCUAAGUUAAGGCCUGGAGAU